UAAUUACGCUAAUGACUAAUGAGUAAUGAGUAGCAACUAGCAACAGACAACAGUACGUAAUAAUUUAGGUAUACAUAUUUUGUAAAUAUUUAAUAUCACAUUUAGCAUUAUUGACGAACCGCAUUUUCGGCGCACCCGUUUCUAUUACUCCGACGGGACGUCGAAAAGGUUCACACAAUAUUUUAUGUUUGAUCGUUUUUGUAUACUUAUCAUCUUUCUCCCGGUCUCAAUACCGCUUUCGUAGUCUGUUUCCAUCGCUAUCCGAUCGUUGAAAAUGUCGAUCUGAAUGAUAAAUCGAGUUGUCGUUAAUAGAUACCGUUAAUAAUAGUGUCAUUACCAGCUAUAUUGUGAAUAAAAUUAUGGGACCAAAACCUGAAGAUAUUUUAAGUGGAUUCCAAGUAAAUUGGAUGAAUUUAAGAGAUGCUGAUACGGGAGUUGUAUUAUGGCAAGGCACCGAGGAUCUAUCAUUACCAGACAAAGAACAUGAAGCUAAAGUACCAAAAAAAAUAUUGAAGUGUCGAGCAGUAUCUAGGGAGAUAAAUUUUUCAUCUGUUGAACCCAUGGAAAAACUGAGGUUACAACAAAAAGUACUGUUUAAGGGCCGUUGUCUCGAAGAAUGGUAUUUUGAAUUUGGGUUUGUUAUUCCCAAUUCAACCAACACCUGGCAGUCACUUAUUGAAGCAGCACCAGAAUCACAAAUGAUGCCUGCUAAUGUUCUAAAUGGAAAUAUUGUGAUAGAAACAAAUUUCUAUGAUGAUGACUUACUGAUAUCAUCAUCAAAAGUCCGGUUGUACUAUGUUUAAUCAUCAAAGCAUUCAACUUUGUGCACUACUCAAACUUAGAUAGACUAAAAGCUUGGUACACAUAACCAAGGUCCGAGAACACGGAGAACAAGUUCCCACUGCUGUGAUUGUUUAGUAUUCUACUUUGAUUACUUUUAUAUGUGAUUAAAUGUUUUUCUUGAGCAUAACAAGUGUUAAACUUAUUAAUAUGUUUUAACUAUUUUAAAUGUAAAACCAUAUAGUCAAUGAGUUUUUACUUUGUUCUUUACAUUCAAUUUUAUUUUUAGUAAUUAAGUUGUACAUUAGGAUACAAUUUACACACAAAUAUUGAUCUUGCUUAAUCGUCUUAGUAUAAAAUUCAUUUUUUUUAUAAAAAAAAAACACUUAAAUUUGCCUAAUAUUAUAUAAUAUUAAGAUCAACAUAUGGUUAGAGUUGUGAAAUCAUUGUUGAAUUAGGAUUUGUAUCUUCACAAGACUGCCAAAGAGCUGUUCAUUUUUAUUAUCUAGCACAUAAUAUUAUAUGAUAUUGCUGUAC